ACGGACGCAGCGCUGAUGUACGAUGCGGUGCACGUUGUAGCGGUGACGGUGCAGCAGUCGCAACAGAUCACUGUCAGCUCACUGCAGUGCAACCGCCACAAACCCUGGCGCUUCGGAGCGCGCUUCAUCAGCCUCAUCAAAGAGGUACCGUAAUACUUAAAAUGUUAGUGUUUCAUUGACAUAUAGUAUAGGAUGAAUUGAGUAAGUAUGACUUAAUGUAUCAAGUUAGUAUCACUACAGCUCGUGUUUAAGUUACCACUACUCAGUUUACUUAGUGAGUCACACUUACGUUUUACAGUGCAUAGCCUAUCCUGAUCACAUAAUGUUUGUGCUGAAGUAGCAUAUAAAAGACAGGGUAUCUGUCGUUCAUGCCUCCUAGCCACUGGGCAUAGACAUCAUUUCAAUGUCUAUUCCACUUUGGUUCAACGUAAUUUCAUUGAGAUGACGUGGAAACAACGUUGAUUCAAGCCGUGUGUGCCCAGUGGGUAGUCCCUUCUUUUCAUUUGAAUUCAUGGCCAUUGAGACAGCUUUACCUGUGAAGCGCUGUGCCCACAUCAAUUCCUUUCUGCUGUAGCAGUAUCAACACUUCUACUAUAUUAUUGUUAUGUUUGGCAUACAUUUUUGGCAUGACAAUGAAUGAAUAGAGAGAGUAAUUGACUCAACUAAAGCACAAACAGACUAGACAGCCAGGCUACCAGGAAAAUCCCUGCAUCACCCAACAAACCCUGACCCUUGGACUCGAAACCAUUGGCUCAGUUCCAUUUCAAAUCAGUCAAUUCAGGUGACGCAUUAGACCUUUUUUCUAUUCAUUUUCUGCAUUGAUGGAGUUCCAAUUGAAUUAACCUCCAACCUCUGCUGGACACAUCACACCCCCAUUUGACAUUGAGUGGGUUAUCGUAUCGAUCUACAUAUGGGUGUAUCUCUCUGUGUCUGUGUGUCAUUGUUGUUGUAAAUGGCACAUGUGAGUGUAGAUGUAGGUGUAUGUGUGUCUGUUAGUACAGUACCAGUCAAAUGUUUAAACACACCUGCUCAUUCCAGGGUUUUUCUUUAUUUUUACUAUUUUCUACAUUGUAGAAUAAUAGUGAAGACAUCAACUAUGAAAUAACACACACGGAAUCAUGUAGUAACCAAAAAAGUGUUAAACAAAUCAAAAUAUAUUUUACAUUUGAAAUUCUUCAAAGUAGCCACCCUUUGUCUUGAUGACAGCUUUGCACACUCUUGGCAUUCUCUCAACCAGCUUCAUGAGGUAGUCACCUGGAAUGCAUUUCAAUUAACAGGUGUGCCUGUUAAUUUGUGGAAUUUCUUUCCUUCUUAAUGCAUUUGAGCCAAUCAGUUGUGUUGUGACAAGGUAGGGUUGGUAUACAGAAGAUAGCCCUAUUUGGUAAAAGACCAAGUCCAUAUUAUGGCAAGAACAGCUCAAAUAAGCAAAGAAAAACGACAGCCCAAAUAAAUGCUUCACAGAGUUCAAGUAACAGACACAUCUCAACAUCAACUGUUCAGAGGAGACUGCGUGAAUCAGGCCUUCAUGGUCGAAUUGCUGCAAAGAAACCACUACUAAAGGACACCAAUAAGAAGAAGAUGCUUGCUUGGGUCAAGAAACAUGAGCAAUGGACAUUAGACCGGUGGAAAUCUGUCCUUUGGUCUGAUGAGUCCAAAUGUGAGAUUCUUUGUUCCAACCACUGUGUCUUUGUGAGAUGAGGAGCAUGGAGGAGGAGGUGUGAUGGUGUGGGGGUGCUUUGCUGGUGACACUGUCUGUGAUUUAUUUCGAAUUCAAGGCACACUUAACCAGCAUGGCUACCACAGAAUUCUUCAGCGAUAAGCCAUCCCAUCUGGUUUUACCUUAGUGGGACUAUCAUUUGUUUUUCAACAGAACAAUGACCCAACACACCUCCAGGCUGUGUAAGUGCUAUUUGACCAAGAAGGAGAGUGAUGGAGUGCUGCAUCAGAUGACCUGGCCUCCACAAUCCCCCGACCUCAACCCAAUUGUGAUGGUUUGGCAUUAUUUGGACCACAAAGUGAAGAAAAAGCAGCCAACAAGUGCUCAGCAUAUGUGGGAACUCCUUCAAGACUGUCGGAAAAGCAUUCCUCAUGAAGCUGGUUGAGAGAAUGCCAAGAGUGUGCAAAGCUGUCAUCAAGACAAAGGGUGGCUACUUUGAAUAAUAUAUUUUGAUUUGUUUAACACUUUUUUGGUUACUACAUGAUUCCAUAUGUGUUAUUUCAUAGUUUUGAUAUCUUCACUAUUAUUCUACAAUGUAGAAAAGUGUAAAAAUAAAGAAAAACCUUUGAAUGAGUAGGUGUGUCCAAACUUUUGACUGGUACUGUAUGUCUACAGUAUGUACUGUGUGUGUGUUUGUGUGUGUAUGUGCAUGCAUCCGUGCGAGCACAUGUAUGGUUGCCAUAAAGUACCGACUAUGUCACCUGGUGGAGAGUUUGAGCACCAGGACUCUAAAUAUUCAGGUUUGAUAAGAGUAACCAGUUGGGAACCACAACAGUGGCCAAAAACACGAGGCAGAGAUUCAAAAAGUAUGGACAUUUAUUUUGAACACAGAUAAAUAGGUACAAAUUUAGGCCACAAAAAGGGAAAAAGUCUUUCUCCAGUUUAAGGGGUGGGGAAAUCCAAAAAGUCCUUUCCUUAAAAUCCAAAAUCCAGUCCAGUGGAAAAUAUACUGAACAAAAAUACAAACGCAAUGUGCAACAAUUUCAGUUACAGUCCAUAUGAGGAAAUUAGUCAAUUGAAAUACAUUAAUUAGGCCUUAAUCUAUGCAUUUCACAUGACUGGAAAUACAGAUAUGCAUUAAAAAAAUGGGCCUCACAAUGGGCCUCAGGAUCUCGUCAAGGUAUUUUUGUGCAUUCAAAUUGCCAUCGAUAAAAUGCAAUUGUGUUCAUUGUCAGUAGCUUAUGCCUGCCCAUACCAUAACCCCACCGCCACCAUGGGACACUCUGUUCACAACGUUGACAUCAGCAAACCGCUUGCCCACACACGUGGUCUGUGGUUGGACAUACUACCAAAUUCUACCAAAUUCCCUAAAAUGACAUUGGAGGUGGCUUAUGGUAGAGAAAUGAACAUUUACUUCUCUUGCAACAGCUCUGGUGGACAUUCCUGCAGUCAGCAUGCCAAUUGCACAUUCCCUCAAAACUUGAGACAUCUGUGGCAUUGUGCUGUGUGACAAAACUGCUAAUUUUAGUGGCCUUUUAUUGUCCCCAGCACAAGGUGCACCUGUGUAAUGAUCAUGCUGUUUAAUCAGCUUCUUGAUAUGCCACACCUGUUAGCUGGAUGGAUUAUCUUGGCAAAGGAGAAAUGCUCACCAACAGGGAUGUAAACAAAUUUGUGCACAACAUUUGAGAGAGGUAAGCUUUUUGUGUGUAUGGUACAUUUCUGGGAUCUUUUAUUUCAGCUCAUGAAACAUGGGACCAACACUUUACAUGUUGCAUUUAUAUUUUGUUCAGUGUAGUUAACUGUGCACUUCCCUGUUACUCUAGUCAGUGUUUUCUGUCCAUGAUGCGGCCAGAGCUCUGCCACUUUCUCAGUGUCUGAUAACCUUCCUUGUCAGUGCCCGAGCCGUUCUGCCUAAAUGCUGCUUCUGCAAGGCUUUAAAUUCAGACUUCAAUAUGCAGUGAACCAAUGAGAAUACAUCUGAAUAAUUGUUCCCGCAUUUUCACUGGGUGUGUCUAUAUCAAAGCCACCGUACAUCUUUCGAAAGUCGCUCGCUAAGGUCAGCCAUUCGCUUUGUAGACGAGAGCGCCUUAAUUGUGAGAUCACUGUCCUGUUGCAUGUACAGUUUUAGAUAUACCAAACAGAUGAACACUGAUCCUCGUAUAAUUAUGAAGCAAUACAUUUUUUUUGCUUUUCUUUGUGAUAUGUAUUGCUCUGACUCAGCUGCAUGCCUGACCCUGAAUUAGCUCUAUUUUUCAUCUCUCUGGCAGACAAACAUGCUCCCUUUAAACUACUUAAAGUAAAACAUAGAACAAAUCCUUGGAUCUCUAUAGAACUGUCCGAUCUUGUUAUGAUGAGAAAUCGGGCCUGGGCCAAAGCUAGAAAAACUGACUCUGUAGCUGAUUGUCAGUUUUCAGGCAAUUGAGAAAUAGAUGCACUUCUUCAAUCAAAAAAGCUAAGUCUAGUUACUUUCUAAGUUCUAUCUCAGAUUCUGCUGGUGAUACGUCAACAUUUUGGAAAACAGUUAAUGCACUGAAGCGUGGAAAUUCCUCUCCUUCCCUGCCUAAGGAAGUUGUGCCAGAUUCUGGCAUCAUUACUGAGAAAAAUUUGGUAAGUGAUGCUUUUAAUCAGCAUUUUAUCUCAGCAGGCUUUUUACUUGAAAGAAUUGGUGGUUUAAUUGACCCUGGUCAGCCAGUCGACUGCUUUCCCCUGUCCCAGCCUUUAGUUGGUUCGAUGGAAGUUCUGUCAACUUCUAGUGAAUCUAUGCUUUAAUUUCAACAACUUUCUACUUGUGAUGUCCUAGGCGCCUCGCAUAAGAUUGAUGUUUAAAAAUCCACUGGGGCUGAUUUGCUUGAUCCUUUCUUGCUGCAGCUUUCUGCUCCUCUGAUUGCAGAAUCUUUAACACAUAUGUUUUACCUUAUAAUUACUCCUGAUACCAUGCCCAGGGUCUGGAAAGCAGCCCAUAUACUCCCCCUUCACAAAGGUGGUGACCCGUGUGACCUAAAUAAUUAUUGCGCCAUUUUCUUGCCUAGCAGACAUUCCUAGAUCCUUUUUAACUACGAAAUGUAUUAUAAAUGUACAGAAGUCAGGUUUCAGUCCAGGUCAAAGCACCAUCCAUGCUAGAUCUAUGAUUUUAAAAUAAUUAUGUUCUUAAUUGUUUGGAUAAGAAGAAACACUGUGCGGCCGUUUUUAUUGGCCUGUCUAAAGCCUUCGACACUGUUAUUACUUAUUCAGAGGAAUUCAUCAAUUGGCCUGGACCAGGCUGCGAGAAGCUUGUUUGAAAAUUAUUUAAAGGACAGAACACAGUAUUUAAUGAUGGUGUUAAAUCAGGUUUUCUGGACAUAACAAAGGGUGUCCCACAGGGAUCGAUGUUGGAGGGCAUUUUUACUGAAGAAUGUGUUCGUUUCAUAUGAUUGUGUUUUGUUUUUCGUGUUUUGUGUUUGCUUUUCAUGUAUUCUAUAAUUGAUGUGUAUAUAGAUAUGUAUAGUGUAAUUGUUGUUUAUUGAUGUGUUCAUUCAGGGCUCAACUGCAAAAGAGACCGUGGUCUCUGCAUGACUCCCUGCUUAAAUAAAAAUGUACUGUCUCCCUCCUCCUCCCUCCCUCCCUUUCCCUUUAGUCUCUCAUAUCUCUCCCUGCGCCGUCUCUCUGAUCCUCCAAUCACUUUGAAGUAAAACUUCAAGCACAACCAACUUCACUGUGUAAUUAACUCUUAUACCUAUCAAAAAGCCUCUGUGGUGCUCGUCUCUAUUGUAUCUUGUUGUAUUUAAAUGCAGAGAGUGUAGAGAGAGCCAGGCGGAAUGUCUAGCUAAUUGGUUUGUGGAUCUAAAUAUAAUGAAAGAGCAUGUAGGAUUAUGGGUAAUUGAGGGAUACAAGUUGGACACAUUGGACUUUGUUUUUGAGUUGAAUUAGGUGGUUGGUGUGUGUUUGCAUGCGUAUGUGUGCCCCUCUCUAUAGGCCCAUUGGGAUGGCUUGACUGGACGCAUCCUCUUCAACAAAACUAACGGACUGAGGACAGACUUCGACCUGGAC